CCCCCGUCAUCCACAGCGCCAGGAGCUCUCAGCUUACUGCUGCAGCUUCUCUCUCGACCUCCCCAUCUCGACCCGACUUGCACGCUCUCCAGUCAGCCACGACCAGCUCAAAAUGAGCAGCAGCACCACCACCAGCCGAGCAGGAGCCAGCACCGCGCCAGCAGGCUACGAGAACGGCCACUUCAACCAGAUCACGCAGCAGUGGGAGCGUCCCUCGGACCGACCAGAGAUCCCUGCUUCGCAGGCUGCGUCGACCAUGCCCGACGCCGACGGCACCACGCCGCAGACGAGUUUCAAGGACCAGGUCAACGCUUACAGCAAGAAGUUUGCCGGCAAGAUCUUCGGCAAGGAACACGAGGUGGUUCUCGGGCAGUCGCUGCAGGAGGGUCGAGGCAAGGAGCAGGCUGUCACCGACGCCGAGAUUGUCAAGGAGCGAAACGCCUGAGCGAGCGAGCGAGCAGGAGAAGUCGUAGAAGCCGUCUCUGUCCAAUUCAGUCCUCGUCUGUACAGCUUUC